AUGAAUAGAGAGUGUGUUUUAUUUUUAUUUUUUAUGUCGAUGCAAUUUUCUGCUUGUUUAUUACCGCCGCAGUUUCAAUGGAAAGUAAUAGAUUUUGCAUGGCAUGGCGAACAUAAACAAGCUGCUUUAGCGUCUGGCGCUUACAUACCCGAAAACAAUAUGCCUACUGGAUUGGCGAGAUGGAGAGACAAACUGUUUAUAACCAUACCAAGAUGGAAGAGAGGUGUCCCUUCAUCGCUUAACUACGUUUAUGUGAACGGCAGUCAGCAGCAACCGUUAAUACCUUACCCGAGUUGGGGAGACGCGUUCAUUUCCGACGACGCGUGCUGCGUAAGCACCAAUAGUACCGUGGUCUCUGCUUUUAGGAUCCACGUGGAUAAAUGUGAUAGACUGUGGGUGGUGGAUAAUGGAGUUACUGAUAUGUACAAUCACGUACAACAAAUCGCUCCGCCUGCUAUACUAAUAUUUGAUCUUAAGCGGCACAGUCUUAAACACAAGCACUUCUUCAGCGACGAAGUGUUGCGGGACUCCUCUGUUUUUACCAAUAUUGUUGUUGAUAUAGUAGACCAGGACUGCAACAACGCUUAUGCGUAUAUCGCGGACAUGGGUUCAGGUGCUCUCAUGGUUUACGAUUUGAGGAACGACAUGACUUGGCGCAUCGAAAGCCCCCUUUUUCAACACCAGCAAAACGCAAGCGUUUACAAAGUAGGGGGUGUCGAGUUCUUUUGGAACGAUGGAGUAUCUUCCGUUGCCCUCUCGCAGAAGAAGAGUGAUGGGCACCGGGAUUUGUAUUGUCACGCUACCUCGAGUACAAGGCUGUUGAAAAUUUCGACGAAAUUGCUGCGAAAUCCGUACGUUAAUUCAGGGGAUAUACAAAACGGUAUUAAAAUCGUGGGCGAGCGGGGUCCUCUGUCUCAAUCGACAGCGUGUGACUACGACGAAGGCACCAACGUGUUGUUCUAUACGCAGUUGAGUAGAAACGGCGUCGGUUGUUGGAAUCUGGACAGAAAGUUUACCGAGGAGAAUACCCCACUGCUUGUCAGCGACUGCAAUGUCCUUGAGUUCCCCAACGACAUCAAGGUGGACCCAGAGGGCAAUGUAUGGAUUCUGAGCGACCGACAGUCGCGUUUCCUCUACGAUCAGAUGAACUUUGAGCAGACGAACUUCCGCGUCUUGACUGCUAAAGCGUCGAUACUUAUUAGUGGAUCGCGAUGCCGUAUGUCGCCGCUAGAAAAGGCUAUGAAUUAUAUAAAAUCGCCAAAAUCCGCUUGA